UAUUUUCCUUUAUUAAAAUAUAUAAUUCUCCAAAACUCUUCAGUGUGAGUCUGGAGUCUGGGGCUGGAGCUGCAUGAUUUCAGGCAAAAUAAUUAGGUAUGGACAAAAAUGUGCCAUACUUUAGUCUAUGGUAUUUUCAUGACAGUUUGGAUACUACAUUACUUACUCUGUGGUUUCCGGUUUCUUUCCGGACGUGGCAAAACUUUCCACUUCCACACACAACAACAAGCAAAAAUUCCAUUUUCCAAAAAGCGGCUUUUCUUCCCACCACAAUAUUGCGAAACUUUUUUGUGUUUGCACCGUAUGGGAAGUUUCGCAAGCCGAAAGUUUGGAAGUCGAUACGAAGUUCGAUUUAUAUUUGGCAAAUAUUUUAGUGGCGAAUAAUUUGUACACAUAAUAAGUUAAACCAGAAAGCAGCUAUAAACAACAAUGAAUACAGAAGAAGUAACAUUCGAGACUUUAGAAACCACAGAUGUUAUUAGCGUGGAACUGGUGCCGGAACGCAAAGGACUCAUACUGAAGCACUGUGAAUACUAUGUGAGCUCCCGACGCCAUGGAACUACUGUUACUAGGAGAUACAACGAAUUUGUGCAGCUAUAUGAUGUUCUGUGUGCCAAAUAUCCUUAUCGUGCAGUAUGCAGCUUACCUCCUAAACGCGUAGUAGUGGGAGGUGGUAGUCCACUGUUCCUUCAAAGACGGCGUGCAGCGUUGCAACGCUGGCUAACCCUGGUAGCUCGUCACCCCGUGAUAGCUCAUGAUGCAGAUCUGAGGACCUUCUUGUGUGAAACCUCACCAAGGCUCGACAAGCCCAAACAUGACGAAUUUAUACUGGCUGGCACUCAGGAAGAUAAUGCAAGAGAAAUGAGCACAGAUGAGAUGCAGGACACCUUCGUCUCGGAACAAGAGCAGCUUAGAUUGGCGCAACUUGGUCUGGGAAGGUUGUUCAAGAUUAUUGAAAAAGUUGAAAGCCGUUGCGAAGCGGAACGUACAGAUAUCCGCGAGCUGGGCGCGGCGCUCAACGCACUCAGUUCUCCUUCUCCCGCCGACAGCGUGCGCUGGGCUCGCAUGAGAGAGGGAGUACGCGCGGCCGCUGAAUUAGCAAUUGAAAUGGGAGACUCAACGCCCGAGAUCACAGAAGACGAGGCCAUGGACCGAACUCUGUUAGCACUAGACGCUCUGGGCGCCUACAGGCAGCUGUGCUCGCGGCUCACGAGGGGCUUGCACGCGGAGAGGUCGGCCGCGGCCGCUGCAGCGCCCCACUCUGCCGCGUCGCACGUGCUGCGCGCCAGGCACCGAUAUGCGCUGCGCUGCGCUGUGGAGGAGGCGCGGAUAGCCCGCGCGUACGCACUGUCGGCGCUAGAGAUCCUCCCAGAGCUGCUGCGUACGCAGGGCACCUCGCACGCGCGCGUCGCCGCGCUGUGGGCCGACUUACACACUGCCCUACGACACCCCAACUCUAAACCUACUAACAAAUGACACCAAUGUUUACUCAUCUCCAUUAUGGUACUAACUAAACUAUUGUCCAUCAUCAACAAAACACUACAGCCGUGGGCUUUGGGAAGCAAACUUCUCCAUCGAAGCCUGUCAGUAUAAAACUCCUCCACGCAAUGAAUCUCCUGAAAAUUCCCAAUCACAUUUUGCCUUGAUUGAAGUAGAUGAGCGCUCAAAAGUACUCAAGGAGGCGCGAAUAGGAUCCCGUGGGAACUCUUUGAUUUUCCAGGAUAAAAAGAGGCCUAUGUCCGUCCCCGGGAUGUAAGCUGACUCUGUACCCUAAAUCCUUUCAUCAAAAUCAGUUAAACUGUUGGGUCGUGAAAAACUAACAGACAGACAGGUACACUUUCGCAUUUAUAAUAUCAGUAUGGAUAAUGUGUAAGCAGCUUUGCUUUUUAAGGUUUCGCUCUUGUAAGGUGUUCUACGGCAACUCAUACACAAAAAUAAAAGACUGACAACUCAGCGACAUAACGUCACAUAUGUAUGAAAGACAGUGAUGACGCUCUAAAAAGCUAAAGCUGCCGAUUAUCUCUUUCUACACCUCACUGUGAAAUAUUUAAUACCGGGCACUGUAAAUAAAAUCGUAUGUUUAUCGUACGCUGCUGUUGUUAGUAUUUUAUCAUCCAAAAGGAUCUAUUGUAAGUUUGUUUACGUUCAGGAAUCUCCAGUGAAUACAACCAAUGUAUUAAGCGUAGAUCUUUUGCUAGUACAGCUACGAAUCUCUAAAAAUGACUGCUAUAACUUCUAUAAGUAUACCGUUUUACUGAGACUGUAGGGUGCGGGUAGCGGGAGUGUGACAGGUUUUUUCUACCAGAAAGAAUCAUUAUACAAUGGUAGCUACUGCCGUCUAGUCUGUGGUUUUUUGUAUUUGUAGUUAAUUUUUUUUAAUUACAUUACAAUUACAAAGGAAACUAUGUUUUCGAAUUGAAUUUCGAAUGUUUUUUUGAAAACAUUUCCAAAUUCAAUU